GAAAUAAAUAAAUGUUGGCAAUAUUUUAAAUAUUUAUUAACAAAGCAACAAAUAAAACAACAAUAACAACAUCAAUAUUAUUUGCCUUUCAUUUGGCAAACAAUAAAAAACGGAAUUAUAAAAAAAACAUUCCUUGGCAAACAUCAUCAUUACCAUUAGGAACGUGGAAUCAUCCAGGCAUUGGCAGAGACGAGACAAGAUAUCGCUGCAACGUCAAACUAGUAAUAACAACAACAAAUUUAUUUACAAAAUUCAUUUAACUAUUCGGUUUUGCAUAAACAUUUGUACAUAUCCGUUGGCCAUCGUCAUCACAUUGAUCCUCUUUUUCCUUGUUGGCAAUCGUGUGUGGAAAUCAUAAAAAUAGUCCCAGCAGCCAACUUUAAGAUCAUCUGGUGUGCGUAUCAACUUUUCCACCAAGCAAAACAACAACAACAACAAAAGAGAGAUAAAUUGUGUCCAGCUUUGCCAAUGAUCUUGCGUUGUCGAACACGUGCUAUUAGUUUUUUAUUUUCAAACAAAGUCUUUAUUUUUUGAAGUGCCUUAUUGCCACAUAUUGUGGCAUUCAUAUCUACAUCAGACAACAUCUCACAGCAUUUGCCACAAUUAAUGGACAAUUCCUUUGCGACUGCUGUUGCUGCUGCUGCUCAAAACCUCAACUGAACUAAAGUAACGAAGCACAAACACAAGGCAGAUAUGUCAAAACUCUAAACCUUAUAAAGCAGCAAUAGAAAUGGAUGGCCAGAUGGAUGAUAUUCCUGCCAAUGAAAACAACGAACAGUCAAAUGUUCAUUUGACUUCUAGUGAAAAUAUGGAGAAUUGCAAUUUAACAACUCCAACACCAACAAAAACAAUACCCUCCAGCACCUCAGCACCGAGCCUUAUUGCAGUGGCUGCAAUGGCUUCAAAUGAUACGAGCAACCAAGAGACUGAUCUACUAGCGGCCAUGAUGUCCGAAGAGACCAACGAAGGUAUGCAAGAGAAUUCUGCCACAGCUGCAGUAGCAAUUGCCUUGUCUUCGGCAUCGACUUAUUUUAAUGCAACUACAACUACAACAACAACAGCACCGUUACCAAUUGCUGCAUCUAACUCAGCUAAUGAUGCUGACGAUGACGACAAUAAAGAUGAACAAGAUACCGCAAGCAACUUGGCCACUGCCGCAGAUCCUUCUGCCGGCAUUGCAUCUUCUUUGGUAUCCUCUGUCACAUCAGCAACUUCAUCCUCCUCGGCAUCGGCCUCGGCGUCCGCCUCCCAUACAUCUAAUCAAUUUGUAACUCCUCAAAAACCAAAUGAAAAUAAAUCAAUUCUAUUGGCUGCGGCCUCGGCAUCCCUGCCACAGCACCAGAAGAAAAAGAAACGCAAUAAAUCUUCGAAAUGUCUUGACGGCGGUCACAACAUGCAUGGCCGCGGUCAUGAUUCAUCGUCAUCGUUAUCUAAUAUAAAAACUUCGCUAUCGAUGACUUCAUUGCCACCAGAUGAGCAACAGGAGAAUCGUGAUGGCAUUAACGCUAAAUUGAAGGUGGAAAGGCCUUACAAUAGUUUGAAGAAAAAUACCGAUCGCAAUCUAACCAAUCAAUUGGGUCAAAUGCAAAGAGCCAGUAAAAAUUAUGGUGGCGGAGGUGGCAACAGCGGCAGUAGUAACAACAAUCACAAUCGCUAUUCGUGGGGCAGCGGCCAUAGCUCGUCAUCCCUACAUAGCAGUGCUGCCACGCUGGGCAUUGGUUCCGGUAAAGAUGACCUGUGGGCUGCCAUACAGACGAAUUACAAUUACAUCAUGGACACGAAUCUUUUGGAUUCGUGCAAAGAGGCCAGAUGUGAAAUAGAGGGUGCCACAAGUGGAUUAAAUAACACAACGGAAACAUGUUUGAAGAUGCUCGAAGAGAGUAUUCCUAGUGUUGGUUCUUGUGAAGAUCCCAAAGAAUUACGCAAAUGGCUGCGAGACAUGGAACAUAAAUUGGAAAGUGCCCCGUCUUUGUCCGAGGCUACCAUGCUGUCGUGUGCGGAACUGCAAAAACAUUUAACUGAACAUUCGGUGUUAUACCAUGAAAUAGUAUCACAUGCUCGAAUAGUAAGUGCCUGUAUUAGAGCAGCCUCCGAAAAGGAACAACAACAACAGCAGCAACAAUUACAUUUGCAACAACAGCAGCAACAGCACCAAGAUUCCGAUACCAGCUUAAUUGCGGAACAAACAAAUUCGUCAUUAUCUUCUACUGACGACACGGCCACAACAUCAUCGGGCAUUGUCUGCUGCUCGACUGAGUCCAACAAAAUACCACCUCCCUCAUCGCCGACUGGUACAAAUUUAGCCAACACCAAUCACCACAAUUGCUCAUCCAAUACCGCAGCAGCGGGCUCAUCACAUUCCCGUAAAUCGGAAGUGAGUUUGGAACGUUUGCAAAAUCGUUAUCAUUUGCUAUAUUUGAAAGCAUUUGAGGUACAAUUGUGGCUGGACGGAUUGCUGAGGAAGAAAAGUUCAUCGGUGGACAAUUUAACUAAUGAAGACUUAGAUAGCGAAGAUAUUGAUGAUUCGAUUGAUGACAGUACAUCAGAUGACAAUUUGGAUGAUCAUAAUGCUGUUGAUGGCGCCACUGAAGAUGAUUUAAAUGAUUUAGCUUCCGAUUUGGAAAGUGACAUAAGACAUAAUUCACUGUCAUAUAACGAAGAUUUGCAACAGCAGCUGCAGCAGCAACAACUACAUUCAGACAAUUGCAACAGCGACAUUAGCCAUCAACAUCAUCGAAUACAUCAGCGGUGUUCCAGCAACACCAGUGACAUCGACAUCGACGAGGAAAAGCCAACAUUAAACAUUGUGUCGUCUCAUCAUCAUCCGUCGCAGCAGCAGUUACAGCGUAACCAUCACCAGGUACAUCUUCUUCAAAAGGCUUCACGUGAUUGUAUUCAAACUAAGCUUGACUUUGAAGACGAAGGUGACGACGAAGGAGAGGAAGACUACAACGAUGAUGAUGAAGAAUAUCUUGAUACAGAUAUAGACGAAAUCGAUUUUCCGCAUCAAACGCAACAGCAUCCGCGUAAACAACGCGGCUAUACAAAACUUCUAGUCACCUUUGACCGCUCCACAGGUGGACGAUCUUCUGCGGCUGGCAAUCGUUACAAAACUAAUCUAAGUUUAACCGAUUUCGAAGCAGAUUCAGAAAGUUCCGAUUUAGAGACAAUCCAGCAACGUAUACGUAAUCAGCGUGCCACCACGGCUAAUGUUGGAUGUGGUGGCAGUGGCAAGGGAUUGUUAACAACGACCUAUAAAUACCUCAUUGCAAACGGUAGUUUUUCACAAAACCAAGCAAAACGAUACGCUCUUAGCAAUACAAUUACAAAGAGUGCAACAGCAAAAACAUCGACUUUGGCUUGUGGUACUGGUACUGGUACCGAUACAGAUGCAAACGGCGAAGCGGUGCUGAAGCCGGCAAUUGAAAAUAACACCACUGAACUAGAAAGUUGUGAAAUACAUGCCAUGCAAACUAAGGCAACCGAUUUAUUGGUGAACGCAACAACAAUGGUGGCUAACGAUCGUUUGCAUUUGGCGCAUCAGCAGCAGCAGCUGAAAGUUUUGCAUCAGCAACAGCUACAGCUCCACAAUCACCAGAGAUUAACCCUUAUGGCAAUUACACAAAAUGGCAUGACAACAGGUUCAGCAGCAACCAACUCCUCCUCCACCUCGUCUGGUUCAUCGUCGUCGUCCUCAUCCUCAGGUGCUUUGUCCGGUUGUUCGAUAAACGGUAGCAACAGUAAUUCAAGUUCUACCAACGGCAUUGUCGUCGACACCGCCAUGCAACACAAGUUAUCGACAUCAUCGGCGGCCAGCGACAACAACAUCGGCAAUCAACAACACCAUCAGCAGAACAAUCUUGCCAAUGGCAGCUGUGGCGGCGGUGGUAUUGGCAUCGCUGGUAUUGGCGGAACUUCUUCGGGUCUAACCAUGAAGCAGAAAAACAUUGCCAUUAUCUCGCCCAAUAAUAGUCACAAUGGCACAAAGGCAUCCCACCACCAUCAUCAUCAUCAACACCAUAAGCUGAACAACAAAUCGCCGACAGUGUUGCGCAAACACUACGAACACCAUCAUGCCGCUGAUAUUUCAAAAUUCAAUCGCUCAAAUCGCAAAUCGAAAAAUUGUGCCAUUUUCUAUUUUAAGCAUUUGGACACUGACAACGAGACCAACUACAGCAACAGUAAUUGCGGUGAUGAUGUCCAUGAUGUUGUUGUUGGUGGUGGCGGCGGUGGUGGUGUCGUUAGAGAAGAUGGCGAUAUGGCGAACCAUGAUGAAGAUGAUAAUGGCAACAUUGUUGUUGGUGGUGGACGAUGUCGUCGUGGUGGAGCAGCACUCUCAUCAUCGGCCGCCUCCUCACACGCAAGUGAUCUUCAGAAAUCGGCUGAGGUCUCUUCGGACGACGAAGGUUGGCUAUACACCGCCUCAACGCAACAACACCAGCCGAGAUCAGUUGACGUUGUGGAUAUUGAAAGUUUAAAUUCCGAUCAUAUUUCGCGUGGUAUUUCAGCGGUAUCCUCUGAGCUGUAUAGCUACGAUCAUUUGGCCAUUACAAGCGCCCAUCCUUCUCCUCAGCCUCCUGGUAGCAUACAAUCCAGUACCGUAUCAUCUUCAACGUCCACGGCUGUUGUGGCGGCCACAGUAGCCGCCUCAUUGGGUUGCGCCAUAUAUGGUGACGCUGAUUCCGAUAAAGAAAACAAAGAAGCUGUAGCAACAACAACAACAGCAACUACCUUACAUUUACAAUCAGCGACAGCUACGACAACAGUUCAAGAUACGGACGUGAUUGUCAACGCCACAGCCGAACCUAAUAACUCCACUGUCAAGGAGUCUUCAAGCAGUUCUUCUGCCAGUUCCAGUUCCAUUACCAGUAGUUCUUGUUCAUCGAAUGAUAUGUUGACGGAAGCUACCACUACCACCACAACUGGAGUCUCAAUCAAAACAAGUGCCACAAAAAUUCGUCCCAAGUAUCAUCAACGCCAAGAAAUGGAAUUACAAAUCAAUAACAAUAAUAAUCAUGGCAAUGGCAGUGGCCAUCACCAAUACAACAACAACAAAAGCGCCAAAUCGCCAACAUCAACAAUGCAACAUACUAUCAGCAGCAGCAACAACAACAAUUGUGUCAGCACAAAUUCUCGCCACAAAGCGAACAUCAACACCACCAUUGGCUUAGUACCAACCACAGCAUCAUCCUCAUCCCCAACGACACAGCCGCAUAACAGAAAUUCUUCAUUUUCCGAUGAUGCUGUCAAUGGAAAUCUGGAAAAGGAAAAUAUACGCUUUUAUACACGUGCAGAAAUUUCCAAUAUCAAUGUCAAAGCCAAUGACAAUCACCAGUACCACCACCAGCAUAACCAAGGCCAGUUCAAUUCACCCACAACUGCAUCGGCCCAGCAGCAGCUACUCUAUGGCCAACAAUUGCAUGGCGUAAAUGUUGGCAAACGUUUGCCGCCCCGUUCGCCGGCAAAAUCAAGCAUUUCGCAAACAUCGACUAAUACAAGCACCUCCACCAUUUCACCCACCAAGGGUAAAGUAUCGCACGAAUCCAUCAAACAGUUGGUACUCGAAGCAGAGCAUUUAGUACGUGACGAAGCUUUGAAAACACCAACCAAGCAAAAGCAUUCCAUCAAUUGUGGCGGUCUGGUGCAGAUAUCGUCAACGAUUAAAAAACGUGAAGUUAGUAUCAUGCCGGGUCCCAUAAAGAGAGUACAGGAAUGGCUCGAACACCAACCCACCACACCUGUUCAAUUAAAGUCCCCACAGGAUCAUCAGCUGAUGAUUUCACCCUCAAGUGUGGCGGCAAGUCCCUCGCGCACCGAUGACUGUGAGGCAUCAGGGGAGGCUUCUGAAACUGAUUCAAUACCCCAACACUGCUCCGAUGACACUUCGGAAGGUUUCACUGAAUCCAUUGCAACAUGUAUGCAAACAAGCACCAAUUCUUAUGGCAAUUCCACCGAGCGUAUGGGCGGCUCAGCUGAGCCCAUGGUUGUGCCAGGCAGUAAUCAAAGCUUGAAUGUAAAGGUCACUAAACGCCAACAAUCGCGUCGCAAAUCCGAAAGACCCUGGUCGGUAUCUUGCCUAUCUCAAUUGACCACCGAUGCCAAACAAGUGGCUGCCAAAGUCUGCACCAUAAGCAAUGUUCAAUCUGGUUUGGCUUCACACUCCAUAAGCGAAUCGGCAUUGGACUCAUUGUCGCCAGGCAGACCACGCACCUCUUCGACAGCGGCUCAAGUUAAGAGCUAUGACAGCAAGGGUUCACUAAAGCGACGCAAGACACGCAAGAAGAAGCUUAGCUACACAGCAAAUGGCAAAAAGUCUGACACCAACUCAGAAGAUAAUCUGGAACAGACAGAAUUGAAUAAAUAUAGUAAUAGCAACGCCAACAACAAUAACAUGAUUCUAUCGUCUUGUGAGUCAAUGACACCUCAACAAAUGGCAGAAAUCACCCAAGCAUUGUUGCAAUUGCAAAAUAGCAGCAGCAACAGCAAUGGUAACAUUGCUAGCAACUCGGAACAAUUGAUUAACAAUUGUCCUCCAGGAGCAACAAAUGUCGCAGCUUCAAAUGCCGAAAGUGGCGAGGAGGAAAAUCAUUUGAUGAAACCUAAUUUCCGUGUGGGCUCCUUCACCACGGCCUACAUGACCAACGAAGCUCGUUUGGGUUCUUUGGCCAAGUUGGCCACAUACAUGAAUGAUGAAGAAUUGCAAGGAGAGUACACUACGGGCACAGAAGAUCACCAUAGCAGUUUCUCGGAGACAGCCUGGGAUAAUUAUCAAGAGAAAUAUAAUUCGGAAAAUUAUUCCGAAGGUUUUGAUUCGGAUGCUGCACGCAAAUUAUUGGAAUUUGGUGAUGACUAUCGCAAUUUCAUUGACUCGCAAUCGGAUUGUUGCUCUUCAUUGUCGGCUGCCAACAAUUUGGAUUCACUCUCACCACCGCGCAUGGAUUCAUUGCAACAAAAUGAGACGAAAAUUGUCAUAACACAAGACACAAUUGUCAGUAGUGUGGAUCAUGCCAGACGACGUAGAGCACUUGAAUUGGAAUACGAAAGACGUCGCAAAAAUCUAGAAAUCAGACGUAAAUCUUGUCAAGAAUCCUUGGACUAUCCAAAUCCCAAGAGUCCCACAAUUGCUGCGCUCUCCUCCUCUACCCAGGCAUUGACACCGAAAAAUUCGGAACGUUUCAAUUUCCAACAGCAUAAAUUGGAUUCGGCUACACGUAAAUUGGAAUUCGGCAUGAGUCAUUCCGCCCAAUCGUUGAGGCGUACCUCAGAAAGUGAUACGUCACAAAGACGUCGUAAGGCCGACGAACGUAGACGUUCAUCACGUAAUUUGGAAAAAUGCAUAAAACUUAUACCAGCCACCUCAUCAUCAUCGGGCGAUGAUAGUGAUGAUGAAAAGGAAAUACGCAAUUUAUUGCAUCAAUCACAAAAUCGUUUGGACGACACAAAGGCCUUGAAAAUUCGUUGUCAUCUCUUGAGGCCAGAGGAUUAUACUGAAAUUAUCAAUACUUGCCGUGAUAAUAUACGCUGUUUGGAAUCGGUUUUAAAAGGUCCCUCCAGCUCGGUGCUGUCCUCACAAUGUGUUACCCAUUCUAAAGAUUUAUUAGCCGCCUGGGAGGAUUUAUUAGGUUGGAGCGAAAAUGCAGCCGCUGCUCGUAAAAUGCAAGAAGACAUGAUUGUCUUGAAGCAUGCUCUAAAUCGUUUGGGCAAUAAAUCAUCAUAUGAACAGUUAGACACAGAACCAUCCAUUCAAAUUGCCAUCGAAGCUCUGAAGAAUGAGAAAACCCAAUUGCAGACAUAUCGUACACAUAUGUUAAAAUUGAAUGCCUCCGUCCACAGUUGGUUGACAAAACAGGAGCGACGUUUACAAAACGCAGUUGUCGAACAACAAUUGAAAGAAGCCGCUGCCAACUUGGGUAGCAUUGAACUGUUGGAGGAAAAAGACGAAAUUGAGUCCGAACACAAACAGAAGAUCGGCGGCAUUACAGCAUCCUCAUCCACUGUCACAGAACAAACAGAACCUGAUAGUACAACAACAGCAACAACUGCAACAAAAUCAACAAUAGCAGUUACAACAAACAAAACAACCAUGAUAACUGUCACCGAUAGUAAUGGCAAUCAAGUUGAAACCCACACCACUGCCUCGGGAAUGAUGGCAUCAUCCAGCAGUGUCGGUACCUGUACAACAACUCAAACAAUUGCCAAUGAAAAGAAUUGGGAUUUACAAUCCUUGAUAACAUCGGAAAAUGAAUUCCACAAACAUUUAAAAGAUGAAGUAAGCGAUAUGUACACAGCCUGGGAUGAAGCGGAUUCAAGAAUAAAUUCACAAUUGGAAGUACUAACCUCUUCCUUGACGGCAUGGCGUCAAUUGGAGUGUGGCCUCUCGGAAUUCCAAUUGGCUUUGGGUCAAGAUCGUGGUACUCUGCAAGGUUUGGAGGGUGCAUUAAAAACUGGUCAAGCCACUCCAGGGGAAUUGGCCCAAAACGUUAAACUGGUGGCUAAACUUUUGUCCGAAAAAGUCAACGUCAGCCAGGAACAGUUAACGGCCGUCCAAGAUUACUUGGAUCCCAACCAUGUACUUUACAUUGCGAAAUUUACCGCAUCCAACGGUUCUCUUUCGGAUUCGGGCAUUUCAGAUGGUGGUGCCACCUCUGAUGGAGGCCUAUCAGAACGUGAACGCCGCCUGGGUGUCCUGAGACGUUUGGCCAAACAAUUGGAAUCUGCCUUGGCUCCUGGCAGCGAGGCCAUGAAAUCAAUUGCAGCUCGCAUGGAAUCUGCCGAAAAUGACCUAAAGAGUCUUCAGAAUACUUGCAGAGAUUUAAUUGUGAGAACAGCAGCUUCUCACCAAUGCAAGAAACAACAAGCCCAGGACCAUGUGACCGCAGAGAAGAAAGAUCAAACUGAUUCUACAACAGCACAACAAUUGAAACAUGCCAAUGGCUGCCUUAAGGGACGACACCAAAACGGCAACGGUCAUUUGAAUGGCUUGGAAGGUAAAAUCCAAGUGACUGCUAUUGGUGAUGGUGUUAUGUCGUCAAACUCGGCAGUGAGUAGACGUAAACGUAAAAAUCGCCGUAGUUCGGCCACUGCUCCCACAAAUGCCGUUGUUUCGGCUGAUAUGGCCCAAAGCAAUGCCUUGCAAAUGACCUCCACCACACCCGAUGGUGAUGAUGAUCCCUCCGAUGAUAAUUCCAAUUACGAUUUGGAUUCUUCCGACGAUGAAUUGAAUUCCAAAUCAAAACGUGGCUGGGCCUGGCGUAUAGCUCGUGUGGCAGUACCAAUGCAGUUGGCCUUGUUCACGGUGUUCUGUGCCGCCUGUCUUAUGCAGCCAAAUUGUUGUGACAACAUUAACAACUUGUCCAUGAGUUUUACACCACAAUUGCGUUACGUACGAGGACCUCCACCCAUUUGAAGGGUUUAUGCAGCGCCACUGGCAGCAAAGGUCAUACCCGAUUGUACCCUUUGAUUUGCAUGCAUUACUAAGGUCUCUAUAAGGUUAGGGAUUAUGUUAAGCUUAAGGUCCCUUGUAUAAGGAAUCCCACGGAUUCAUUCCACCACGUAUAGGGCAUUCAGACUAUCAGACAAAUCACAUUUGAGACAGAACAGAGAUUAAGCGCUGCAACAGCAGUAAAGAACAACAUCAACAACACCAGAUAAAGGAUGAGGGGCUAUUUUUGCGUGAUAUCCGCAAAAAAUAUGAGAGCCCAGCCCAAACGCGUCUCUACGUAUUUGUUUUUUAGAUAUGUAUCUUAAAUAAUAAUCAAGGUUAUGAUAGAUUUUAGAGAGUUAAAACAAAAGAACCGCAGGCGCGUUCAAGCUAAUAACAAACACAAGAGCAGGAGAACAUUUUUACGCAGCAGCAGCAACAGAAGUUAUAAGCAGUUUAUAAGAUGCAGGUUUUAAGAAACAGUUUUAGGAAUAUAUAUUUUUUUAAUGAAAUGAGAAUUUAAAUUUUUUUGUUUUUGUGUUUAAUGUUUAGAGCAACUAAAAUAAAAGCUAUAAUUAAGCUAUUUUAUUAAAUCGUGAAGAAUUGAAGAAAUAGAAGAGGAGGUAUUGCUGCCUCACAGACUAGGCCAGCUUAGAAUCAUUUUGAAAGAAGCUUAAAAGUGUUGAAGAACACCAUUAACAGCUUAGGAUGGUUGAUGGCUUUAAGCCUUCCGAACCUAAGCUUGCAUACCAAAUUUCGCAAGAGCAAGCUCCACAUGGAGAAAAGUAAGACAGACAUUUUGGAGAACCGCAAAUCGUAUUUCAAUCAUUUGCGGAUUUUUACUUGAAACAACAUUCAGUUUUAGAAAUCUUUUGUGGAUUCUAUUCUUUUUUUUUAACGCAGCCCUCUACACAUAGUUAUGGCAUAUGUUACUUUAGUUUAUUUUCAAAUAUUAAAAACAAAAUACAUAUAUUUAUCGUAAUUUACGUUCUUAAAUUCUUCAAUGGAACUAUUGCUUUCACGUUCUUCUACUUUGUUUAAUAGAUUUCUAGUUCUUUAAUUGAGGUUUCUAAAGUUAUUAGUGUAUUUUCUAUAUUUGUUAAUAACUUGUGUACGGAUUAACUAUUCAACAAACAGUUAUCCUUUUUGUAUAGAAGAAAUUUUCAUUUUACUCUUAAGUAUUCUAAAACACAUCCAAUCCAAUCUUUUGUAUAUUAUUUAUGUGGCCCUUAUCGCUUUCUAUUUCUUUUUUUUUUAGUUUAACUAUCGUCUUCUUUAAAUCUAAUUCGUAACGUUACUAUAAAUUCAUCUAUAUUAUAUCCCUAUAUAAGUUUAAAAACAACAAAAAGUAUAAAAACUACAAAAUAUUUCAAAAAAUCAUUUUAAUUUUAAAUAAAACAAACAAACUGGAAAUC